UGAGAGGAGGGAGGGGAAUGGAUCUGUUCUGUGUGAGACGCCGGCACUACCUCACCCUGCUCCUUACCACCUGUCCUUGACUUGGCGAGACAGAGAGGAAGCUGCCCUGCUCCCUCCUCCUCCACCACCUUCAUAUCAGUGCUUAUGAAGGUGUCUGCAGUCCCUUUUUUUAAUACUUCACUCUGUGGCUGCUGCUCCCAUCUGUGGUGCUUCAGUGAAGAGAAGCUCCAUCCUCGGCCGUUGGAGCUCUGAUGGGAGGCGGCGUUGACUCCGGCUGGGACUGGGGAUGCUGAGCGGAGGGAGGGAGGGCCUGUUUGAGCUGGGACAGCAGCUCCAGCAGCAGGGGGAGUACCAGGCUGCCCUGCAUUGCUUCCUCAGCUGCCUGCUGGGUCUGACCCACGUACAGAGCUUCACCUCUCUGCCCAACUGCCUACAUCAGAUUGCCGAGCUCUUCAUCUCUGAAAAAAACUAUGGAAAGGCCCUCCAGUUCAUCCAGGCUGAAAAGAUGUUCUAUGAAGUGGCGCUGAUCGAGCUCACGGCUCUUCAGGGGAGCACAGGGCCUCAGGAGGAGGCCAGUCUGGGCUCUGCAGGAUGGAUGACCCCAGAGGAAUUUUCAGAGCAGGCCUCGCAAGCUCAGCACCUGGAACGGCUGGCUCAGCUCUGCAUCAUGAGCAAACAACCUCAUCUAGCCCUAGAAUACAGUGGUAAGGCUACAAAGAUUCACCAGAGGGCCUUCGGUAAUGACCAUCCGAUCACAGCCAGAAGCCUGGAGCUCAUGGCAACUGUCUAUGCUGAGAUCGGCAAGACUGAAUAUUCAGACUCUCUGGGCCAGUGUGUGUCUGCGCUGUCCAAACGCUUCACUGCUGCCGAGUCCCUCAGAGACACCGUCAACCGUCUUCCUCAUUCCCAUCGGGAAAAACACUCAGAGGCGCGCCACAGGAAGGACACGCACCACCACCAUCAGGAGGACACGCUGAAAGCCAAGGUAACCAGUGGCAAAGUCCCCACCUCCAUUCUGAAGCGGCCAAGUCCCAGUUAUGGGUCCGAUGCAGAGCCCAACCACAGACGGAAGGGCGAGCGCAGGGUUAGAUUCAGGGAGCCAGAGACCACAGUACACGAUAUUACUUACUCUGACUGUUUAGGUGCCUAUGAGACGACUCCAUCCCGCCCGCACCUCGCCCUGUUCACCUGCCUCUUCCUGCUGAUGUCAUUCCUGGGCGUGGCGAUGUACUGCACAGACCGCCGGCGCCCUCAGCGCAUGUGCGAGGAUCUGGAGGCCGCCUUGGCCGUCUACCUGCUGCACAUGAAGCAGCUUCUGUGGGGCUGCUGGAUAUGGCUGACCAUGCAGUGACUGUGAUGAACCACAGGUGGAGUCGUGGAGCCGCCUUUCUGUUUUUAUUCCUCUGUUUUUAUAAAUAUAUUAGAGGGUGCCCAGGCCUGCAAUCACCUCAGACAUUUUUGCAAGGCUCUAUAGACUGUCGGUGGCGUUGCACCACUCCCACAUAAAAACGGGAUGAUCUGUAAUCCCAGAACAUGUAGCUUCCACGUCUGUAUGUAAAUAUGCAUUUGGGAAAUGUCACUUUGUAAUUAAGUUGAGAUGAUAUUUUGCACAAAUUACACUCAUUCAGUCACCGUUUCUCAGCUCACAUCACAACCUCUGUGAUGUUUCCAAGGAAUGAUAUAAUUUUUUUUUGUUAUGAUUCAUAAAUUAUGUUUAUUAGUCAUUACAUGGAAAUGAAUGUGUAAAUAUAUAUAUGGGCUCAAUAUACUAAGGACUAUCACUAUCAGUAUUUAGGCUUGCAAUUGCACAUAAAUGAAUGUAGAAAUGUUUGGGAAUCAUGUGGUUUAAGUGUUUGGAAGGAAGAGGGUCUGAGAGGUGAGGAGGUGAACACAGAGCUACAUCACUUCACAGUCUGAGUGGAUGGAUGAAUACAAGAGGAGAACUAUCUAUCUUCAAGAGAGAAAAUGCUUUUAUCAGUUUUAAAGGUGUGGAACACUGGUUUAAUCAAUACACUUGCAAUGGUCUCUAGUCAGAAUAAAUGCCUUGUAGGUUGUACUCGGGGGGG